ACCGUGGCUCUUUCCCUGCUUUUCAGGUCAGACCUUGAUUCCGACCCCUCUCCUGUCAGGCACGAGGUCCACCUCUCCUGUUCGGACGCUGGCAGUGCCCCUGCUUCUGUCGCUCCGUCCCACUUUUCCUGGCAGGCCCCACCUACCGUGUCACUCAGCCUGGCAGGCCCGGCUCUCACGCUUCAGCUUGGUGGGGGUCCCGGCUUCUCUGCUAGCCUAUCCUGUCCUGCGGCGUCGCAAACCCAACGCCCUUCCCGGUCGGGCCGAGCCCACUCUCCUUGUCAGUCAGGCGACCUAGGCCCCGCCUCUCCUGUCACUCAGCCUCGAGGGCCCGCCCUGCGGUCCAAAAGGAAACGCCGCGAAAUCGGGACGGGGGUCUUAGCUCCGCGGCUGGUGCUCGGUUGCCAUGGCGGCAUCUGCCGCAAGGACCAGAGGCCCGCAGCUGCUGCCGGUUCUGUGCGCCUUAGGACUCUUGGCCUCAGGUGCUCCACAGCCCCCCAACAUCGUGCUGAUGCUCAUGGAUGAUAUGGGCUGGGGUGACCUGGGUGUAUAUGGAGAGCCUUCCAGAGAGACCCCAAAUUUGGACCGGAUGGCUGUAGAAGGGAUGCUUUUCCCAAACUUCUAUUCUGCCAACCCUUUGUGCUCACCAUCCAGGGCAGCCCUGCUCACAGGACGGCUGCCCAUUCGCAAUGGCUUCUACACAUCCAACGCACAUGCAAGGAAUGCUUACACACCGCAGGAGAUCAUGGGUGGCAUCCCUAACUCGGAGCACCUCCUGCCUGAGCUCUUGAAGAAGGCAGGUUAUACCAACAAGAUUGUGGGCAAGUGGCAUCUAGGUCACAGACCCCAGUUCCACCCCCUGAAACAUGGAUUUGAUGAGUGGUUUGGAUCCCCCAACUGUCACUUUGGACCUUACGACAACAAGGUCAAGCCCAACAUCCCUGUGUACAGGGACUGGGAGAUGGUCGGCAGAUUUUAUGAAGAAUUCCCAAUUAACCUGAAGACCGGGGAAGCUAACCUCACCCAACUCUACUUACAGGAAGCUCUGGACUUCAUCAGGACACAGCAUGCAAGGCAGAGCCCCUUCUUCCUCUACUGGGCCAUCGAUGCCACUCAUGCACCAGUUUAUGCCUCAAGACCUUUCUUGGGUACCAGCCUUCGAGGGAGGUAUGGUGAUGCUGUUCGGGAAAUAGAUGACAGUGUUGGGAAAAUCCUGAGCCUUCUACAGAACUUGGGCAUCAGUAAGAACACAUUUGUCUUCUUCACAUCUGAUAAUGGAGCAGCCCUCGUUUCUGCUCCCAAAGAAGGUGGCAGCAAUGGUCCCUUCCUGUGUGGGAAGCAGACUACAUUUGAAGGUGGGAUGAGGGAACCUGCAAUCGCUUGGUGGCCAGGGCACAUUGCUGCAGGCCAGGUGAGCCACCAGCUGGGAAGCAUCAUGGACCUCUUUACCACCAGCCUGUCCCUUGCAGGCCUGAAGCCACCCAGUGACAGGGUAAUCGAUGGACUUGACCUACUCCCCAACAUGCUUCAGGGCCACACCAUGGACAGGCCCAUAUUCUAUUACCGUGGCAACACACUGAUGGCAGUCACUCUUGGCCAGUACAAGGCCCACUUCUGGACUUGGACCAACUCCUGGGAGGAAUUCAGACAGGGCAUUGACUUCUGUCCCGGUCAGAAUGUCUCAGGAGUCACAACCCAUACCCAGGAAGAACACACGGAGCUACCCCUGAUCUUCCACCUGGGACGUGACCCAGGGGAGAGAUUCCCACUCAGCUUUGCCAGUGAUGAAUACCAGGAUGUCCUUAGCAGGAUUACCCAGGUUGUCCAGCAGCACCAGAAGUCCUUGGUCCCUGGACAGCCCCAGCUCAAUGUGUGUAACCAGGCUGUCAUGAAUUGGGCACCCCCAGGCUGUCAAAAGUUAGGGAAGUGUCUGACACCUCCUGAAUCUGUCCCUGAGAAGUGCUCCUGGCCCCAUUAGCCAAGACUAGAAUCUCCAGUCAGCCCUGCAAGUGUCCGGAAGGCUUUGGCCUUGGGACUGAUGGACGAAAGAGACCAGCUGCCCUCUGCUCACCCACCACUGGUUGGAUGGCCUCUGCAACCAGUAGCAAGGUUCCAAGACUGUAUACUGGAGACCUGGCCCUGGAGUCCACUCUGGCACUGCAGCCCAUCUUCCCAACUGGCUAUUGAAAAAGAAGCAGUUCUUACUGCCCUGCUGCCCUUGACCAUGACCCAGAGCUCCAGCCCAGGGUCUGCAGGGCUGUCACUUUGCCUUCUCACUGUUUCUGCAUAUAUUUCAAUGCUGGUGCUUUAGACAGAGGUGGAGAUUUCAGUGCUAUGCCAUGGAGCCACCAUGUGCCUGGCCAUCAGUCCUUACCCCCAUGUCAACUCCCUUGGGUUACUCUCCCUCUUUUCCCACUGGCUGCAAACAAGAGACAAAGAUGUCACAUCACCAAGCCCAAGGUGUUGUUACUGCUCCAUCAAGACAGGAAGGCGACAGCCUAAGUUUCUGGCUCUGGCUCAGCACACUAUGGGUCCAUUUCUGCAGUACCUGCCAUCAGUCACAUGCAGGCUACAAGAUAUAAUCUCCAAAACCCCUUCCCAGAAAGCUCAUGGGAGCUGUCUGUCCAUCAUGAACAAGUUUUCACAUCUCUGCAAUGAUUGUAGUGCCAAAGCUGAAUUGUAAAGGUUGGAAAAUGAUAACGAAGAGAGAUUGAGAGACCAAUAAAGGAAAUAGGAGGUGUGUUAGCUCUAUUAUUCUCUUUCUUUCUCUCUUUCUU